GCCUAUUUCCAUACACAUCUUAGUACCUGCACUUAAAAAGUUUGUAUCGAUUGUUUCCUAGCAAUUUCUGAGUCACUUCGACCCAACGUAGGGAAGCGCAGUUCACCGUCCACCCACCAGAAAUCAAGCACGCGGCGACAAUGUUUUGUUCGAUUUUUGUGCACUGAAGCCUGAAGAGGAAGCGGAAAACCGCGUUGUCACAUGCAUCGAGAGCAAAAUGUAUUCGGGAUUAGUCCUAGCAACUGUUUUAUCAGUGAUCGCGAAAAGUGAUGGGGUCAAGCAGGUACUUCGGCUGGAAGGAGACGUCAAAGUCGCCCUGCUGUUGGAGAACUGCAGGAACGACACCGAAGCAGUGCCUUACAGGCUCCAAUCCCUGGUGUCUUCUUCCAUCUGGACCACGGAGCGCAUCAACUUCUUAGGAACCCUGGCACCUCUGAAACUGGGGCUUAGUGUGUACGAGACUUGCACUGGCAGUGACUACUUCAAGACCAUCUUCCACCUCUACGAAAGCGAUGACUACCUGCUGGGGCUUGUACAUGAGGACAGGCUGGAUGAUAAAGUGCUGAAGUUCUGUGAGGCCCUGGAUUUUCGGACUAGGCCUACUGCGAGGUUCCGAGGGUUCUUGUUGAAGGCUGGAAUUCAGUUUUUGAGUACACUCGGUUGGGUGGAGAAUGUCACGGUUUUUGCGCCAGACGAUGAUGUUAUGAAGGAGUUUUAUUUACACUCCAAGGCUGAGUUCAUUUGUAUCCAGGAAUGCGUUGUCUAUGAGAAUAACUGCAUUCUUAACAUUAACAGUACAAAUCCGUUAGUUUUCAUUGGCAAUCAACAACAAAUCGACCACUUCGUGAAAAGUCAAGACUGUUGUAGCGGCACCGACGAUAUACAAAUUCUCUUCAUACCCUUGGAUGGAUCUUUUCCGACAGAUCUUCCUCCAAGGAGCUUCGUGAUCAUGCCCCCACACAGCCCCCCAUCAAAGACCUACCAGCACCCAGACAACAUCCUGCCAUCUCCAGUUCUUUUCGAAGCAGCAAAACCUUUAUUGUCAUAUGCAAGUAACAUUGGCAAGUUCCUUGAGAAUAACUGCAACGAAACUCAAUACAAGCUCAACUGCCUCAGGAACAAAUUCCGAAAAAACUUUCGGCCUCUCCUCAUAUCCCCCACUGGCAUUCUUGAAGCUUUGAAGAUAGAACCUCUGAGGGAAAAUUUCGUGUACCACAUAUACAGGGUUGAAACUGAUAUAAAUAUUACAGCGGUGCAGUCCCUACCCCUGUCUGUAGUAUUUUCCUAUGGCGUUUUUGACGGAAAUUUGACCCUACUGGAUCAUAACUUCGACCUAGGCUUCAACCGCUCUUUGGCAAACACCACAGCAAAAUGUAUGAGCUUCUUCUCUGGAGGUCACUUAAAGUAUGAUUUGAUCCCGAAUGGAGAAUUCAAUUUCAGAACCGAAGCUUGGGUGUAUGCCUUUCUGUCUCUAUCCCUCCUUGGAGUACUUUUCUGCAUCGUCAUCCUCACCUUCCUCUUGAUCUGCAUAUUCAGAAGAGACAUACUCGAAGGGAACCCUAUCCUAACCCUAUCGCUGCUACUGGCCGUAAUGGUGCUCUUCUGCGCCGUCUUACCAUUCAGUCUUGAGUACGACAAGUUCACCAGCAACGCGCUCUGCAUGGCCAAAACCCUGGGAAUCACUCUAGGCUAUGCUUUUGUCUUCUCUCUACUUCUAUCGAGAUGCAUUCUCCUAGCGACGUCUUCUAAGGAGAUAGGCUUCAUGUCGCACAUAGCAGGGCCUGUCCAGGCUUUUCUCUGCUUGUUUAUCUUCGGCGUGCAAGCCGCAUUGAGCCUCCAACUCAUCAGCAAGUGUCUAGAAGUGUACAGAUGCCGCUCCUUCAUAUACCUCAUGAGUUACAACGUCAUGCUUCUUCUACUUCUUCUCUGUCUUUGCCCGCUGAUCUACAAGUGCCAGAGGAACUAUAGGGAAGGAAAAUACUUCACCAUAGCUAUAGUUCUCACCACUUGUUCUUGGAGCGUUUGGGUGCCGUUGUUUGGGGUUUUGAGCGAAGAGUGGAAGGAACCGAUGCUGUGUUUGGGGCUGGUUUCUACGGCGGCGAUCUUUCUGGGAGCUGUUUUUAUUCCUAGGACGUACUUGAUGACGAUUGCUGCUGCCAGGGAUAAGAUUACUAGCACUCUGCCUUCUCUAGCUACUGGAAAUAGCACUCUGGAUAUAUACAGGGCGAAUGUGCAGCCUAUCUAUGACUGCGUUAAUGUAGCUGCAAUCAACGCCGUGGCAGUAGCCAGGGCCGGAGUUACAGCCCCCACGAUGCAGACCAUUCAGCAGCCGGACCUGUAUUCAUGUCCAGCCCUACCAGAUGAUGACGACUUUGAUUUUAGAUGCGAUACUCCACCUACUACAGAUAAGAUAACUAGAUUUUAGCAAUUAUAGAUUUUAUACAAAAUAAGCUGAUGAGAUGAGUGAGAUUUUCGAUGUAACACAAGAAAAUCUCUUUCGAAAGAAACGAAAGGCACGUUCCAAUGUUUUAGUGAACUUCAUGAAUACUGAGAAUGUUGAGGAAGCACAUUUAUCCUUGUUCGGAUGGGAUGUCAGUCCUGAAAUAUGUCUUCUAAGUAAUACUGUCACUAUAUAUAACUCUCAUAUUUUAAAUUCAGUCAUGUACUUAAGAUUGAAUCUAGGUAUAACUUUUCAGAUAUUAUUAACCGUAAUUGAAGACUUGCCCUUUGAAAAAAUAUUAGUUGUAAACUUGGUGUAUUUUUCACUUUUAUGGAAUAUUCAACAAUUUUUUCCACCUUCCCAGCAGGAUAUUAUUCUGAAAAUAUGAGCUAAUAUAUCAAAAAUUUCACUUCCAUUAAUAAUCACUCGAAAAUCUGCUGCACUAGCAGAUGAAAUGAAUAGCAAAUCUUUCACUUUUAUUAAAGUACACUCGUAUUCAAUAGUUUCUGCAUCUGCAGGUUCACUAAUUGCACCAAUCAAAUCCUGAAUUAUAUUGGAGUGUCCAUGUGCAGGUAGUCUAGUAUUUUGUGGAAGGAAUCGAAUGUGAACUUGAUAUCGUUUUUCAUUGUGAAUAUUUUUUUUCAUCGUGUCAGAUGUAUUAGAAAUAAUUCUAGCUCUAAAUGUGUAUUCAUUUGACGUUUUACGUAAAACUCUGUAACAGAAAUUCCGUCCAAAUGUAGAAUUUUAUAAAAUAAAUAUACAAAUAAAAGUGGUAAGAA